AUGGCCGCCGACGACCAGCGCGCUGCUGCCACUCAGCCCAUGAGUCAAUUUUCAGCUGAUUUGGGUGACUCUAUCAUGCAGGGUGCUGUGCCGCCUUCUCCAAUCGAGCGCGGCGGGUCUCCGGGCGAGCUCGGCGGCGACAUGCGCACCCACGUCAUCGCCAUUUCGACCAACGCGCCCGCUGGCCCGCCGCAUGUUCCAGCCGAUACUGUUGGGGUGGUGCCUGCCGACGAGCUGUGUCUGUAUCACUGUUGCAAUGCUGCCGCGGAUAUGCAUUCGUGGUUGCGCGGCAGACAUGCGCCUGGUUACGCAGAAGAUAGGGGCAGAGUUUGCGCAGACGAAGCGCGCGCCAAGCAGCUCCGGGAUCGCAUCGCGCAGAUGGCGCGGGACGCAGGAGACGAAGCCACUGCUGCCAGAUUGCUGAAGACCGGGCGAGAAGCUCACGCGGGCUUUGAUGAAAUAAAAUAUUUCUGCGAGGUCCCGGGCGGCCAGAUCGUCGUCGAGCACUACGAGGACACGAAGCACUCUGUUCAGAGCGUUUAUGGUAACGGCCCUUUGAGAGCGCUCUUUCGGCUUCACACGCAGUCCUCUGAGGAUGGGCACGAGGUCGAUCAUUGGUCGUGCCUGCAGAGUUGGAUUCCGCGAGUUCCAGAAGUCGCCGCGCGCGCGAGCAAGCCCGAGGAUGCGCCCGCCGAUCCCGUCGGCGACAGCAGCUCCCUACAGCGACGGUUGAAACUCCCAGGCGCAGCUACAUGCAGUGCGGAAUUCGACGAGUUCACGAUGGAGGUAGACAGCGAGCGGAGCUGGCUGGAAAGUUUAACGGCAGACCCUGAGCCGCCUGCUCAGAGCAUGUUCGUGCAGACGGAGGCGGUGAAAGCAUUCAUAGAGAAGAAGCACGCCUCAUGGGAUCCGUACCUGAAGCGGAUUGCCCUUGGGGCGCUAGCCAUGUAUCGAUGUCGACUAUCCGAUAUCUACGUUCGAGAGUAUGUCAUGAUGAUGCACAUCAUACUUGGCGGUGACUACCUCGUCGCCCACGACGGGGUCAUGUAUUUUUGGAGCGGGAAUACAAGGUUCUUCGAGAAGUACGAGGGUCUCAUGCCAGAGAUUGUGUAUGCUGCCCUGAAGGAGUACCUCUUGACUUUGGAAGGGCUUUUCCGGUCCUUCACUGGCGAGGUUCGGCGGGAUGACGAGGCCGCGAUGUCCGCGAUCGAGGGGUCUUUGGAGAAGAGCGGGCCCGAGGCUCGGAAGGCGUUCGCCGCGUGGCGCGACAACGCCAUCUUCAACAGAGGAGGCAAGGGCGGCGGCAAGGGCGGCGGCAUGGGGGGCGCGGGGGAAUCUGCCGCAGAAUUCGAUGCUCUCUCGCAGAUAGAGGCGCAAGUGCUGGAUGGCGAUGCGCACGCGCCGGCAGACGACAGCUCCGCGCGCAGUGCGCCGUGGUAUCUCACGAUCGCAGUGAGCGUUGCUCGAGUUGGGCGAAGCUUACAGAUCCAGAUGAUUCAGAACAAGUUGCCGUCGUUUUACUGCGAAUGGUGCGAGACUCCGCGCCCCUCGCUCAGGGGCGUCGCCCACCCCGACAUCGCGUUCGUCUACGACCUGGGCGGAACCCCGGUGACGCAGAUCACGAGGGAGAAUGAGCGCAAGAGCAUAUACAUCGGCAUACCGCACAAGAUCAAGGCUUACUUGGGUGACCCGGCGUUGAAGGUGGCCGCGACGAGAGUGGAUCAGUUCUACAGGCAGACAUUCUGGGCAAACGCCGCCGCGCACAAGGUGUGCAUGGCCGCCCUCGCUCUGGCGAAGAGAGGGUUGAACGUCGACCGGCUGUUCUUCUUCUGGGGGGCCGGCGGCGUCGGGCUUUCGCUGACGACGGCCCAUCUCGACGCCAUGCUCGGCCACUCCAACCACAAGUAUUUCGACCCGCAGGUGUUCUAUCUUGACGAGAAGAUGCGGAAGACGGUGGAGUCGCUCAAAGGCACGAUCGUUCUCACGGCACAGGAGAAGCCAGAAGGCUUGAGGAAGAGCUUCCGGGAGGAUUUGUUCAAGAAGCUGGCGUCUGCCGACGGCAUCUUUGGUCGACUGCCGUAUCAGAUUUUGACGAAGGUUAUAUACCUGGUCGGAUGGAAACGCAUGGAGCUCAACAAGCUCAUCACUUUCGACGGAGUCACUGAGGGCGCAUUCCACGCCAUCUACCGGAGGUCUCUUCUGAUCAAGAUUUAUGCUAGGUUUGUCGACGCGGAGUGCAUCAGGCGCGCCUUGCCGGACGCAGAGAAGUACGGCAUCUUCCCGCGAGCGCCGGAUCUGAAGCCGUUCAUGCAGUCGGGGCCCGCCAUCGCGGCUGGUCUGCAACGACAGCUGGGCUUCGAACGGAAAUACGGCGAAGCCGCAUCGAGGUCGCUGAUAGAUGACUACUGCCUGCGCGGAGGAGAUAAUGGGAUCACGGAGAAUACAUGCGACAGGCCGAAGCCUGGCGGCCAGAGCAGCGCGGCUGCCCCGCCGCCCGGCGUCGACUUUGAUGUCGGAGCGGGCGGGUCGCAGGAUGCGGAAGAGCCCAUGGCGCAGUUGCGCCGCCAACUCCUCCAUCAGAUGCUCGAGCGGAGCUUCGACGCCUUGACAUUUUCAUAUUUGAAGCAGAUGUCCACAGGGCAGAUUCAGGGCCUGCCGGAGAAGAAUCCGACGCUGUGGAAGUCGAUGGAGGAGUCCGCCGGAUGGUCGAAAGGUGGUUUGUAUGGCAAAGCGAAGGACAGACUUUUACCAAAAUUGUUGACCACUCGCAAGUUCGAGGAUAUUGUGCCGGCGCCGAACGUGGAGGAGCCGACCGUGCUACCAGAACAGUGGGACCGCGCGGCGCUGAGCCGCUACGCGAACGGCAACGCUUGUCGCAAGCACAACGUCGACAUCAUGAUUGAGACCUUGGGUGCCGUCCCAAAGCCGCGCGGGCGGAGGAAGCGCGGAACGGAGCCCGAGGUUGGCGGCGACGCCCAUCUGCGCUCGGUCGGCGCGUCCAUUCAGGCAGCGGAGCUCGCCCUGGAAGUGUUGCUCGAGAGCGCGCGCGAGAGGCCGACCGUGGUGCCAGCCGACGCACCAGCGGAGAAGAGGAGGAAAAUUGGUGUGAAGAAGAGCUUCAGCGGUGGCAUCGACUUGGCAGAGCGCAGCAUUCCCUACACGUAUAAACGCACGGCGGCCCGUCGCUUCGCGGAUGUUCCGGCGGCGCAGGGGUGCCCGGCGCGCGUGCUACAUCCGAUGUUGCAAGGCACCGUAGAUCUCGACAUCCACAGCGCUGUCCUGACCAUCACUUGGCAACUCGUGGAGAAAAUGGACAUGGCCGACAAGAACCUGUUCAGCGAGGAGUUAGAGUUGUUGAAGCGGCUGGCCGAGAACAGGGACGAGGUACUUCGGGGCGAGUUGCCGGACAUGGGGCCCGAGGCGGCCAAGCGCUUUGUACUCGAGAUCAUCGGCGGGUCCCGUUCUUUCGACGCCGAUGCCAAGCCAUUCGCCAAGAAGUUGCAGCGCGUGAGCCGCGUACUGCGCUGGCUGGCGUGCUCGGCGUUGCCGGAGGUAUACGAGAGCUUCUGCCACGACGCCGCGCAGGGCGACGGCGAGAAGACAGAGAAAUGGCCGGAGGGACAAACGUUCUCGACUUUCUACCAGCGCGCGGAGGACUACAUCCUCCGCCAGUGGCAGACGUGGGCGCUAGCGCAGCCGGUGAAGCAUUUGUCUUUGCAAAUCGACGGCGUCAGGAUCAGCUGGGACGCGGUGCUCGCCAACCAUGCCACCGUGGCGGACUACGCCGCUGACGCGAGUGCCCACAUCGCGAGGGAAACAGGCUUCAUAGUCAAAAUCACAGAGAAGACCCACCCGACGAUCGCGGAGGCACUGACGAGCUGCGGGGCGUGGCGGCCAUCGGAUGCGCCUGCGGCGCCCAACGACCUACUGAGGGUGUCCGCUUCCGUUGAAUCUUGCGCCAGCGCCACGUCCGUGGAGAACAGUGCUGCCAGCGUGGAGAAAGGGAGGACGUACGCGGAGUGUUGCCUGGCACACGGCGUGUCAAUGAUGCCGCAGCUGGGGUUCGAUGCUCGCGAGCAGGGGCAUUAUCUUCUCCACAUGGAUGGGCGCGGGUCGCCAUCGUGCGCACUCGUCCACGUGGGAGCGGAGCUCGACAAGGCGACGAUUCAUUUUCAUGGCCAAGUCGGCGAGGUGAGUCUGGCAGAGAUCCAUGGUGCCGCCCUCGCCGGGCGAGACUCGAGGCUAGCAGCGGCCGCCGAAGACAGCGGCGACGCCGAGCCCUUGGCAGCGCUCUUGAAUAUGAUGGCAUGA